AAGAAACCCUGAUGCAGAAGAAGGAGCUGAUGCUGGAGGUGAAGAAKCUCCGAGACCAGCUGGUGGCUUCCUCCCAGACCUGCCAGCAGCUGCAGGAGGAGAAGGAGGAGGCUCUGAGGCGGCUGGAGGCGAAGCAUCAGGAGGACCUGGUUCAACUGGAGAACAGGUUGAAGAGUUUUUACCAAACAGAGUGGGACAAGGUCCACCAGGUGUACCAGGAGGAGGCCGACAGGUGUCGCCUGUUCAUGGAGCAGCAGGUGAAAGAGCUGAGGAGCAAACAUGAAAGAGAGAAGAAGAACCAGGAAGUGAUUCACAAUCAGGAGGUGGAGUCUCUGGACCAGGGCUAYCAGAACUGCAUCCAGGAGCUGAAGAGGGUCCAGCGGAGCGACCUGGAGGAUCUGCAGAAGACCCUGAAGGAGACAGAAACGUCUCUCUCUGAGAAAAUCUGUCAGCUUUCAGCAGAAAACCAGGAACUGAGUAAGAAACUGCGAGCAGAGGAAGAGAGGAGGCAGCGAAUCCCGAGCGACAAAAACCCGAAGGACUCCCACACCCUGUACCUGGAGCAGGAGCUGGACAGCCUGAAGGUGGUCUUGGACAUGAAGAACAACCAGCUGCACCUGAAGGACAAGAAGCUGAUGGACAUGGACACUCUGGUGGAGACCAACGAGAGGCUGGAGGAGCGUCUGAAGAAGGUCCAGCAGGAGAACGAAGACUACAAGGCCCGUAUGGACAAACAUGCUGCUCUGUCCAAGCAGCUGUCCUCGGAGCAGGCCGUCCUCCAGCAGACGCUGCAGAAGGAGUCAAAGGUCAACAAGCGUCUGUCCAUGGAGAAYGAGGAGCUGCUGUGGAAGCUGCACAACGGGGACCUGCUGGCCAGCCCCCGUCGACCCUCCCCCCCUUCGGUUCGCCGCGGAGCUCCGCCUCCUUCCCCACAGCAACGCCCUUAUCUCCCAGACAACCUGCCUGACUGUCCCCGCCUCCUGAAGACAGAGGCGUGGGACUGACCUCGCUCUGUUUCUUCCUGCCUGAUCUGUUUCUGCUCUGAAGGAAACGCAAGCCCACCUCAGGGUCCUAAUGUCCUGGCUGUCAUCACGGCAACCCUUUCUGUUGUGGGACAAACUUAUCCUGAGUCGUCCUCUGUGAGACAACUGAUGGAGACAGAACCAAAAGACAGCUACCAGAGACAACUGGACUUUUAGAAAAGUUUUUUUUUUAAUUUUUUCAAAGAGUGAAGCUCAAACAGUGACUGCAGCUCUGCAGGACCAUGGACUUCCUGUCCCCCUGAGGACAGGCUGGACUGAGCUGAACUUGUCCUGAACCUUAAAUCUGGUGGACUGUCAGGUUUUUAGUCUUGCAGCUGAACCUUGGGUUAAUUUAAGCUUAAUUGUGUUUCUUGUUCCUGCUUUU